GGAAGAGAGCCGAGGAGUGGACAGAAGAGGAGACAUGCUUCGCUACGGUUCAGGACGAACUGUUUCCACCACCACAACAGAGGACUCUCCAGAGUCUUCAAGUGAGAGAGGGAUCAGACGCCUCAGGUUAACUCUCCAUGCAGGAAAUAAUGGAAACAAGGAGCCCAAAACUGCAGACACAACUGAGGAAGAAAAAGAUGCGAAAAAAAUAUGGAAGAAGAAGAAUGGGCUGAUCCAAAGAGAGAGGCCAGCUGGCAGGGAGUCACCUCAGCAGCACCUAGGAGACAUGACCAAUGGGGUGCCAGAGACCUCGCUGCAGCAUCAUGGGCCCAAAGUGUAUGGCAUAGUGCAGAGGACGGGCUCGGACAGACAGCAGGAAGUGAUGGCACGAGAGUGGACGGUCAAUCACCUUCACGAUGAGAUGAGGUACAUCAGGGAGGUGAGAGAUUCUCUGGAGAAGGUGAGAGAGCGGAUGUACGGGCAGUUUGGAGGGAUGCAGCAAUCAAUGCAGAAGCUUUCACAGGAAAUCAGGGCUGCCAACUCACAUCGGAGGAGCCUUGAGUCAGAGGUGAAGAUCAGGACGUCAGCCAUGGAGAGCUUUGAUCAGAUGAACAGCUCCCUUAUAUCCGCUAACAUCGGCCUGCAGAAAUCCCUUCUGGAGAACUGUCAGAACAGAGUGGACAUGAGGGAGGAGGUAAAGAGUUUGCGCAGCACCUGUGAGAAAACACAAGAGAAACUCAGAGACAGGGAGAGGGAGCUGGCCGCUGCGCAGGCUGAAAACCAGACUUUGAGACUCCAGGUGGAGUCUUCACGGGAGGCCAACAGUCAGGCUCUGCAGGAGCUCUCGAUGACGCUACAGAGGGAGUAUGAGGAAAAGCUGCUGGAGGAACAACGGAAACACAGGGAAGAAAUUGAGAACCUACAGGCCCAACUGGAUGAGUACAUCAGGCGACUGGAAGAAGCAGAGAGGAAUAUCAGGACCGCAGAGGCCAAGAUUUCUGAGAGAGAUCAGAGGAUCGGUGAACUUGAGCGUCUACUGGAAUGUAUGGGGAAGGAGAAGACUCAACUUCAAAGGAAACUGCAAGAAUGUGAACAGCGUCUCCGUUUGAUGGAGCUGACAGACACGACUGAUUCAACUGUAGCCAAAAGGUCCAAAGAGCUGCAAGGUGAAGCUGUGGAUCUCCGUGAGAGAAUCAAGCACUUGAACGAUAUGGUGUUCUGCCAGCAAAGGAAAGUCAAAGGAAUGAUUGAGGAGGUUGAAACACUUCGGGCUCAAGUUGCUCAGAAGGAUAUGUUCAUCUCGGAGCUUCUGGACAGAAUUGCGAUAGUGGAGUGUGAGAAUAAUGAAUUAGAAGACAAGCUGAAGUAUUUUAUGUCUACACAGAGUAAUAGGCCACAAGAGGUUUUGGAAACCAGGGAGAUAGGAGUAGGCUGCGAUCUACUCCACAGAGGUGAAGCAAAAAGGCAUGAUGUUGAACCUCCUGUUCAGUGUGAAUCAUCUCAUCUCCAUCCCAUACAACACCCACCACCUGUGCAACCUUCAUCACCCUUUCAACCUUCACCACCCACACAACUUUCACCCCCCACAUCUCCCAUUCAACAUCCAUCCCUCUACCUAACCUUGCCAACACAGCCAAGGACGUUCAAGCCUACAAAUCCUCCACCCAGCAGGCUGGAGUCCAGUUUACUUCGAUACACUCCUCUUGAGUACAGCCGCUACCUGCAGUCCAGCCCCUCAGUACCGAGUGGAUCGUUCUCCUACAACCAUCUGUCUGAAUCUGAACCUCCUGUGAGCAGCAGACACGAGGUUGAUGCUGGAACAAACACAGAUUUACGCUCAACUCCAGAAGAAUCCUCUCCACCCCUGUCCUCUUCUCAAGCAAGGUCAAGACCACCUCAAAUUUAUACACCGUUCAUGAAACUGAUGGAACUAACGGCAAAGAUGAAUAUAGAUGUGUUAAAGCUAACAGUGAUGUCCUCGUCGUGGACAGAGCGCCAGGGACAGGUGGGGGAUCUGAGAAACCACAGCAGAGAAGAGCUCCAAGAACUGCUCCUCCGACAGGACAAGAUUCUCUCCAACAAGAGAUUAUUACAGACUCUUCCUGACAAAGGGAAAAAGAUACGAGAAUUUGCGGAGAGGGUUCGCCUUGCCAUUGAACAUCACGAUGAAGAAGAGAGGAAACAGCGCUUGGUGUCUGCUGCCAGGGCAGAGCUACAGUCCAAGUACCAGCAGGCUUUCACUAUGCAACAACGUGCCAUCCAGAAUGCUCCAGUGGCCGGGCAAAGUGAGGCUGCUGCAGACAACACAGUACAGGAGAAGGACCCCUCACCUGUCUCAAUUCAUGUGCAGGAAAACCACACUUUGGACAAGCGACAGCAGCAGUUUGUCUCCCAAGCAGCUGCUGUUGAAACCAUGGAAACGGCUGCUGCUGGGGCCUCUCUGAACUGGGAUGGGACAAAAGAGAGUGACCUUGUGGAGGCCUUGGAAAGGGUCAGACUGUCUGAAACGGCUAGUACUGGUUUCAGUAGCAAGACCAAAGACCCAUUAAAAAGCACUGCAAAAGACAAUGACUCUCUGAGAAAACAGAUACCAAAAAAGCCUCACUAUGUAACUAUUGUGGAAAAAACAGAGAAGACUUCAGCCCCGGGGAAGCAAAAAUUCAAACCAAAUCAGCUGCCUCACAGAAGUGACAACCCUCCAUCAGGAUCCUCGUCACCCAGUGAGUCUUCUGAAGGCUCAUCACUGCUCUCAGCACAGGCCAGGAGGGAGCGGGACAAAAAGCACCUGGAUGACAUCACUGCCGCAAAACUCCCUCCUCUCCACCAUAACCCAGCUCAGCUUCUGUCUCUGCAAGAGUCGGCCAUGCUUAUGAAAGAGCAGACAAAGAAACAGCAGGAGUUGCAGGCCAAGCUGGCAGCCCAGAAACUGUCUGAGGGAUUGAAGAUCUCUAUGGGGAGCUACACUCCUGAAGGUGGCCCCAUGGCUGCCUACAGAGAGGUUCAUGAUGAUGGAGCCCAGCUCUCCUCAGAGGAAGACUGAUCCUGGAAGGCCAGAGCUGGGGAAACCAGUGUGACCUUGGCCCCUCGUGGAAACAGGCUUUAGACCUCGCAAUCCAGGGCCCAUCAAACAGGAUUUUCACUCCAAGGACAGGAAUUCUUAAGAGAGGAAAAGGUCUUUGCCUGGUGAGAAGGCGUAGUUGGUAUCCCAGACUCAGCUCAGGGAAUUGAAUGGCAGGUUGAAAAACUAUCUUUCUUAAAUGUCAGUCAGUUUGUAUGGGGUUCAGUUGUUUCCUGCAUGGUCACUACCUGCAGCUGAGUAAGACUCUUAGAUGCUAAAUUUGAAAUAUGCAUCAUGAGGGAAAUUUUCCUUAUCAGUAUACUGAAACUGAUGAUGUGGCUUUCUGAGCCUGAGAGUAUUGUAUGUGGAAAUUCCUAUUUUAGUGUGUUAAUAAUUAUAUGCACUUAAAGCUUAUCAGCUGGUGGAUCAGACUGUUUUGGCACAAUGGCAGCUGUUAACAGCUUUGUUUGGAGAAUAGACAUGCAAUGAGCCUGCAGACAUUUAAAUAUCACAGAAUGUGUAACAGAACUGAAUAAAUACAUCUGAUUUCUCAAA